ACGCACCGCGGCGCUCCUCCAUACAGCGGUGCAGAAAUUGAUGCAUUUCAGAGCGGAUGGUGCAUGUGAGAGCAUGUCUGACCGAUAAGGGCAGGCUGUCUGUUUGAGGCUGUAGUUUGAGUAUCUCUUCAUUGGCCGUGGUUCUCUCUCUCUCUCUCUGGGUUGGAACAAGCGACUGUUUCUCUGCCAUCGUCACCUGGAAUUCACAUCUGCAACUCUGUCAAGAGGAAUGGUCCUGGUACUCCAGCCCUAGCCUGCACUGGCCAGUCCGCAGCAGGAUGGGCUCAGAGGAGCGCAAUUCAGCCAUGUCACAGAAGAUCUCCUCCCCAUCACGCAGCAACAGCAGCUCCUCGUCCAAACAUGACAGCCGACAGGACAGCUGGGAAAUAGUGGAGGGCCUGCGUGGAGGCUUCAGCAAUGUCCUGGAGCCCCAGAAGCAGGAGGGCUACAUGCUAAAGAGGAGAAAGUGGCCCAUGAAGGGCUGGCAUAAGAGGUACUUCUUGCUGGACAAGGGCAUCCUGAAGUACGGCAAGUGCAGUGCUGAUAUUGAGAAAGGGAAGCUACAUGGCUGCAUUGAUGUUGGUCUCUCCGUCAUGGCCAUUAAGAAGAAAGCCAAGUGCAUCGAUCUUGAUGCCGAGGAAAACAUCUAUCACCUGAAGAUUAAGUCACAGGAACUGUUUGAUGAAUGGGUGUCCAAGCUGCGUCACCAUCGACUCUAUCGGCAAAAUGAGAUUGCCAUGUACCCUAACGAGAAGUCCUUCCACUAUCCCCACUACCCCUCCCCCAGCUCCCCUGGCAUGGCUGAGAGUGCUUCUAUCAGAAAGUGCAUGACUAUACGAAGGCAGUCCACAGUGCAUUCUGCAGCAGCCUUCCCGUUAAGCUGCAACAGCCAGGCCAAAGUAGCGGCUUGGCUCCAGUCAUCUGAUGACAUGGACAACUGCGCCAAAGAUUUGUCGGUUUGUGAGGCCUAUCUGUUGGAGCUCAACCAUCUGCUUCAGAGUAUGGAAGUCCUCCAUCGUACCUACUCCGCUCCAUCUAUCCAAGCACUGCAGGCAUCUACGUUUGACAGCCCCAAGAAGGAAAAGAGACUUCCAAGGAAAUGGCGCACUAAAAACUACAACAAAGAUGUCAAAACAACUCUGCAGGUACCCAGCUGCAUCUCCUCUACCCGCCUCCAUGCCUCUAACCCCAACCUCUCCACCGCCGCCCUCGCCAAUGACAAGGUGGACCCUGAAUCCCUGGAUUGCCCAUUUGACGUGGCAAAGUUGCAGGAAGACUUCUGCCGCGUCGCCACUAAUUUGCAUGCGACCAUGAAGUCAGCCCUGAGUUCACUAACAUCUGAGAGAGAGAGAUUAAAACAAUAUAUGGACCACGAAACAUGUCCCCCUACCUCGCCGCAGGUUGUUGGUCUGAAGAACGCACUGGCAACGGCUUUAGCCCAGAACUCUGAGCUGAGAGAGCGCCUGUGCAAGAUUCACGCCGAGUCCCACAUCGUAGAGCCCACACUAAUAAAUCUCACUGCCCCUGCGCAGAAACAGGAUUCUGUUGAUGAAUCCCGUCCCCUCGUACACCAAGUCUCCAACGAGAGCAGAGCUUCAAUCACAGAGUCUCUGUCUGAGUUCUUUGAUGCACAGGAAGUACUGCUGUCUGCUAGUUCCUCUGAAAACGAGGCAUCCGAGGAUGACUCAUACAUUAGUGACAUCAGUGACAACAUUUCCAUGGACAACUUCAGCAACGGGACAGAAAGUGAUAGACAAAAUUCAGGCUUUGCAGAAGAGGGCACAAUCCUUUUUCAGCGUAGAUCCUGUCUGCCUUCGCCCAGUCCCAACAACAGCACCAUCAGCCUGUGGAACAUCCUCAGGAACAACAUCGGCAAAGACCUGUCCAAAGUGACAAUGCCUGUGCAGCUUAAUGAGCCGCUCAACACCCUGCAGAGGCUGUGCGAGGAGCUGGAGUACAGCGAGCUGUUAGACAUGGCUGCCAGCACAAAGGACCCGUUUGAACGUAUGGUAUACAUAGCCACGUUUGUUGUGUCAGGCUAUGCAUCCAGCUACCAUAGAACUGGGGGAAAGCCUUUCAACCCUGUCCUGGGAGAGACGUACGAAUGCGACCGGCCAGAUAAAGGCUUUCGAUUUGUUGCAGAACAGGUCAGCCAUCACCCACCAAUCUCAGCUUGCCAUGCAGAGUCUAAAAACUUCAUCUUCUGGCAAGAUGUGAGGUGUAAGAACAAGUUCUGGGGGAAGUCAAUGGAGAUCGUUCCUGUUGGGAUCACUCAUGUAACUCUGCCGGGAUAUGGAGACCACUAUGAGUGGAACAAGGUGACGUCCUGCAUCCACAACAUUCUCAGUGGACAGCGCUGGAUCGAGCACUAUGGGGAGAUCUCCAUCAGAAACACCAGCAGCGAUGUUUGUCAGUGCAAGAUCACAUUUGUUAAGGCCAAAUACUGGAAUUCAAGUUUGAAUGAAGUGGAGGGAACUAUCACAGAUAAUAAAGGGAAGGUCAUCCACAGACUCUUUGGAAAGUGGCACGAAGCAGUUUUCAGUGGAGACCCGCCCUCAGCCACAUGUGUCUGGAGAGCAAAUGCAAUGCCAGCAGACCAUGAGCGGUACUAUGGUUUCACCAAGUUUGCUAUUGAAUUGAACGAGCUGGACCCAUCCCUGAGACUGCUGCUACCACCCACAGACACCAGACUACGUGUGGACCAAAGGCUGCUGGAGGAGGGGAACCUGGAGGCUGCAGAGGAGCAGAAACAGAGGAUUGAACAGCUGCAGAGAGAGAGACGAAGAGUCCUGGAGGAGAGCAACCUGACGCAUCAACCUAAAUUCUUCAGGAAGUCAAAGGAUGAUAGCUGGGUGAGCAACAACACAUACUGGGAGCUGAGGAAGGACCCUGACUUCACUCAAACAGAUUUUCCUACGCUGUGGUGACCCCUGAACUGUUGAUCACACACUCAUUUUUCCACCUGGACAGGCUCUUCUGUGAUCCAGGCUGGUUCUGGUGACAUCUCUAUCCAGUCUUACCAUUCACAUUCAGUACUGGUCUCCUUCACUGCAGUUCGUUAAAGUUACUGCCUUAAUAGUAAGUGCUUAUAUAAGUUGUGUAAACAUGUUUAUGCAAACAUAUUAUGAGAAUGUUGAUAUGUUUUGGCGAAUUCUGCCUAUAUUUUCACCUGAUAUGUGACACUGUACAUGAGAAGACAAAGGAGAUAAAGGAUGAAAAAUCAGUAUCAUAACUGGUCACUUUAGCUGUCAUCUUAUCAUGAACAUUCUCUACCUCUGAGAUAAACUAGCCUUGACAUGCCAUUGAUUAAGUGUACACAUCUAAUAUUUAUUCUGCACCUGCCUGAUGCCUUACGCGUACUCAUGUUGUUUCGUUUAUUUUUGUUUCAUCUCUUUUAUGAGGUUUUGUAAGGAAUUCUUAAGACCAAACAAGAAUUGUUCGAAUGAUCUUUAAAUCCUUACUCAACUUUUCUUUCUGUCUUGUAAGCAGUAAUUUACAUGCUUUUUGCUAUGACUGUGCGUGAAUGAUUGUGCAACUAUGAGCAGCAGUAGAAAAUAUCAGUCUCAGCAGUUUUUCACUCUGUCCAUUUGCACCAUUGUCUACAUGGACCCUGGGCUUUGGGACCAAAAGUGUCCAAACUACGCUCCAUGAGCUCAAAUAAAAUCUCUGAUGCUU